AUGGACUGUCUAUCCCGGAGGGGACAUUCCAACGUCACCAAGACUAUGGCUCAGCUUCCAAAAGCGAUGCUAGAAAACAUCGAUAACGAUACGGACGUUAGAGAAUACCACGAGCCAAUUGAUUUGUCAAUGGCUGAGAAUUGGCUCAUCAGAGAAGAGGUCCUCGGUAUAGGUAAGCUUGCUAUUGAAAAGCACUUCGACGGCCAUCAUCUUUCCAUGCCUACAGAUUUCUGGGGCAAUCCUCGCCUUCUAAAGCUCCUUGCCAAUCUUUUCAACAAUUAUUUCGCACCCAAAAUACCAGUCCAACAAGCUCACAUUGCUGUUUCCUCGGGCGCAGCGACAUGUCUGGAUACACUUCUUUGGAAUAUUUGCAACGAGGGGGACGGUGUAUUGAUUCCAGGCCCGUAUUGGAAUGGCUAUGAUGUCCACUGCCGUAAUCGAUCCGCCACCAGCCCGAUCCUGGUCAGCUUUCCCCGUCUCCAAGAUGCUUUUAGUAUGGCUCUUGUUACGGCCUUGGAAAAAACUUUCGCCUCUUCCAGUUGCACAAUCAAGGCUUUGAUCCUUACCAAUCCACAUAACCCUCUUGGACAGUGCUAUCCUAAACCCGUCCUUGAAGAAUGUCUUCGGUUCUGUCAGCGGCGAAAUAUUCAUCUGAUCUCCGAUGAGGUCUUUGCGCUCAGUACUUUCAAUCCCAGUCAAGUCGAUUUGCCCGAGACUCGUCACUUCGUUUCAAUGCUGGCCGUUGAUCCGACUGCGCUUGAUUGCGACCCUGGAAGAGUCCAUGUUGUAUGGAGUAUGAGCAAAGACUUCGCCGCUGGGGGUAUCAAGCUGGUCAGAGCCGCCGCAUCCAUAACAAAGACAGACAUUUACAAUUCAUGA